AUGCUUCUCCGGCGGGACGAGGAUCUUGAGGACGUCUUUCCCUCCAUGGACACCCGAGAGGACACAACGGAUAUUUCCAUCCAAAGAGAAGAUCCACUUGAUGAUGUGUUUGGGUCAGGCCCGCCGUCGCCAGAUCUUGGAGAUCAAACCCGCGAGGAUCGUGCCAGAGCCAGUGACUCUCAUCCUUCAGACAUUCAACGGCUUCAGGCGGAGCACUCUACGGCUGGCUACAGGGAUGGCAUCACUGCUGCAAAAGCGCAGAGCAUACAGGCGGGCUUCGAUGAGGGGUUCAGCCUGGGCGCCACCAUAGGGCUCAAGGCUGGCCAGCUACUGGGAAUCCUAGAGGGCAUCGCCGGCGCAUUAAGAGACGGCGGUGGCGAACGCGCCGCUGACGCAGAGAAGUUGUUGGCUUCUGCUAGAAGCGACCUCAACACCAAAGCUAUUUACGCCGAGGAAUACUGGGCCCCGGAUGGCACGUGGAAGUACGACGUGCAGUCCAGGGCCGAGAAGGAGGAGGGCGACAUUCUCUUUUCGCACGUCGCAGAUGCUCACCCGCUGAUCCAAAAGUGGUCGGCCACAGUGGAGGCUGAAGUGCAACGAUGGGGUAUCGAUCGCGAUGCGCUUGAAGGAGUGGAGGAAGCACCGAAGCAAGCGGGAGCAAAGCCAGUCACUGCUGCCGAUGCGCAAGCAAAGCCUACGGGCCGAGAUGCGUUGAAUUGGUGA